UUUUGCUUCAAUUUUUCUGGCCAGCAUCUCUACUCCAAAUCCGUCUACUAACAUUUGUUUACAUUAUUUGAUCAUGAAUCCUAAUUUACUUGAUUACAAUUAUAGGCCAGUAAAUUCACAAACUAUCCCGAUUUUACCUCCAAGUUCAUCUAUUUCAACAUUAUCCCCUUCAGCAGCUACACGUUUAAAUCAAACACACUGUCUUCAAUCAUCCGACUGUUCGAUUAAUUCUGGUAUGAUCAAUGAGAUGCAAACAUCACAAUCAUAUCUACACUUCGAUGACCCUUUAUUAAAUCUUUUUAUCAAUGAUAGUGACAGCUGCGCGACCAUGCCACCCAAUCAAAUGGCUCCAAAUGAUCUUAUUUCAGAUCAAAGUCAUCAACUUGUAGGAACGACCAAUGAUCACGCAUAUUCAAGAGUAGAAAGAGAGUCUAGGACGGACCAUCAAUUAACUCCGAUAUCUAACUCAGUCAAUUAUGGUGGUAACUCACCAAAUUUACAACUAGGCCGAAUAAAUUCAAAUUCAAUCGGGGGCAAUAGUCAACAUCAUCAAACUCAUCACUCACAUCAAUCUCAUCACCACCAUCCUCCUCAUCCCCACCAACAUCAGCACCCAACUCAUCUUCCACAAUUUCAUCAAUCUCAUCCAAGACACCAACAUUCAAUGUCACAUCAUCUACUGCAACCGCAGCCACAGCCUCCUCCCCAUCAACCACCACCUUCACCUCAUCAAUCUAUUCAUAAUUAUGUACAGCAAUCCAAUUCCAAUCACCAAUUAUUCAAUUCCAAUUAUCACACCAUUAUUACACCACCACCGAGUAUGAGUAAUCAUGAUUCACUUGAGCAAUGUAGAGGACUUAGCAGCCCUGCUUCGUCACCUAGCAAUAUUAUUAGAAAUAUGCCCCAAGAUAACUCACCCCGAACGCUUACUCCAAGCUCUGGUGCACCUAGUUUGGUUGGUGCCUCUAAUUCCUAUCAUACAUCAUCACAAUCCACUCAAUCGUCGCAAUCCACUCAAUCUUCACAAAAAUCAGAAGAUCUUUCGCAAAAAGCUAGCCAAAUAAUGAAUUGUGAUGACUUGGAUAGAAAUCGAUUCAAAGAUAAGACACAACCAUCAGUACAAAUAGCUCGUAAACCUAUUAAUCCAGCACCAGCGCCAGCACCUGCGUCGCCACUUCCCCCUCCUUUAACUCUUCAGCCACCCAAACCCAAACCAGAGGUUAUCGAUGUUUCAUUUGCCCAACCAAGAGAAGAAAAUAACGAAGAAAAAGUUCAAUUGAAUUCUGUUCCUUCGUCUGAUAGAACAGUCAAGGAAGUGGAAAUUAGAACUGUACAAACAUUACAUACCGUUCGUCAAGUUUUUUAUCAAGGACGAGUUUUAUGUGAGACACCAGCAGUAAAAUCUCAACCAGUAAUCACCCCAAUAGGAAGUUUGAAAUUGGAUGCAGCUCAUCUGGAAAAUAAAACCACUCUGCUAGCAUAUCUGAAACAAUUUUCCCCAUUCAGUUUCAACCAGAACAAUAUUGAUCAUUGCAACGCUAACUCUACUACGGUUGAAGUUACGCCAUCUUCAUCUAACUCAUCUGAUCUUUACAGUGAGAGGUUAACGCUAAAGCCAGAGUUGGAAUCAUCUAAAUCUUCCUCGUCGUCUACUAAUGGAAAUGUUGAGCCACAAAAUAAUUCAGGAUUUUCCAAGCCCUUGCCUAAUACAACUCGAAAAUCUAAUAAAUCUGUCUCUUCUAAAGAGUCAAACCUUGCAUCAGGCAAUAUGGCCCAAGAAUCACGUAACCCUACUGAACCGAAGUCUCUCCCAAUGUCUAUGUUCGAGUCGAAUUCUAAAAACCAAUCUAAUUCCAACAAAAGAAAACUCAAUUCUGUCAGUGGAUCUAAUAAAAGAACGAGAAAAAAUGGAAGAGCUGAGAUGGAAGAGACUAUAAAAAAAGAAACUAAAGAGGAAGAGGUUAAAAUGAAGGAUAAGGAGGAUACAAUUAAAAAGGAAGAAUUAAUUGACAGCGAAGAAACUCGCAGGGAAACAGCAACAGCUUUGCUUUCUUUACAUGGAAACUCAUCGUUGAUGAGAGUUGGAGAAGUGACUCCAGAUAUGGUUAUUGAUAAAAUCAGAGAACCUGAGUUUCGACCGAUUGAAAAAGAUAAUCAAGUUUUUGCUAAAUGGGCCCAAGAUAAAAAUUUUUAUCCCGGUAAAACAACUUCACCUCAAACUGAUUCCAAAUGGUUAAUAACUUUUGACGACGGCGAAAAACGUUCUGUCCACGAAAGUGAGAUUAUCUCCGUUCCUUACUUAGUACCUGGACAGCACGUUAUGAUAACCUAUUCAAAUGACAGUUGUGCUCAACGAGUGAUUAAACGUUGUUUUGUUAAAAACGGAUAUGAUGUUGAGUACGAAAUUGAAAAUGACGACGCUGAUGGUAAGCGGUAUCCAACUCGAAACAUUUUCUUAACAUCUGAAAUGGCUGCUAUUCUAUUAGGUAAACAAUCAAAAUUCCCUUCAAAUGCAUCUAAAUUUGCUGACGUUGAUCUCAAUAAUAUAAUACCUAAACGUUCACGGAUAUCUAAGACAACAUCGUCAUCAGCCACAUCCACAGCUGCCACAACAACAAGCAACACAGCAUCUUCAACAUCAUUAGUUCAAACAGCACCCUCAUCAGUCGCUAGCCAUACAUGUUCUAGUGAUGAUCACGGUUCAGUUGGAGACUCUGAUACCGGUUCAGUGAAUAGUUCUAAGAGUACAAAAGGUCGAAGUACCUCAUUUAGCAAAAAAUUUUUGCCAUCAUUCAGUCCAUCAGGCAAAGUAACCAAUGAAAAUGCUAAAUCUAAGAAAAAUUCGGCCUCUAAAUACCAGCCUCCUUUACCAUUCACGUAUAAAAAAACUAGUUCAGACUCAUCAUCAUCUAAAUCAUCUUCAACCUCAUCAACCUCCUCAAACUCUAAACUAUCAAUUGUUCAAGGAGAAAAGGAAAAACUCUUGGGACCGAUUCCACCUGAAGGAAGCACCUUUUUCGACGGAAUUGGUUUCCUAUUAGCUGACAGAACUAGUAAUUCCAAUAAAGAAAUGUCUUCAUCCGAAGCUGGUUGUAGUAUACCCUUUGAUGCUGAUUAUUUGGUAUCUCAAAUUCAAAAUGGUUCAGGGAGAGUCUUUAAUGAUCUUGAAUCAGCUCGAAAUUGCGCCGAAAUAAAUGAGAUCGUUCUGAUUGCCUGUACAUAUCUGAAAACAUCUCUUUAUAUGCAAUGUUUACACGCUGGCAUUUCUUGUGUAAGGCACACUUGGGUUAUCGAAUGCUGCCGUGAAAGACAAUUGCUCCAAAAAACUAAGUUUUUACUUCCUUCAGGCUUUAGUAUCAUCAAAUCAAGCCUUCCAUCAGACAAAAAUGUCUUCAAAAAGAGUGCAAAUCUAUUCAAAGGAUUGAAGAUAUUGAUUGCUGACACCAAGCUGAUAGAUACAUGGAAACCUGUAUUGUCCGCCGGUCAAGCUAUUAUUGUUUCUGGUUUGCCACCUUCAGGAGGAUCAUCAACUCGUAAAGCCUCUAAUUCUGUGGAUUUUAUAGUUGCUGACAGUAAUUGCUCUACCUCAGUUAUUAAGAAAGCGCAACAAACUAAUAUUCCAAUUGUGACAAGCGAGUAUCUCGCUCAAUGUUUGAUAAAUGGUAAAAAAUUGCAGCAUGAUUCACACGAAGAAUUCACUUAUAAAUAAUAUUAUUGUUUUUAAUUAAUUAUUGUUUUAUUAUUAUGACUUCUAUUAUCAUUGUAUGAUUAUAUUUCAAGAAACACAACAAAUGACCCCUUUUCACCUCUUCCACACUAGCCCACCAUAUUGUUGUUCAUCUUUCAUCUAUUAUUGAAUGUGAUGCAUUUUUUCCCUUCUCAUUACCAUUUCGCUCAUCGUGAAAUUAAAAUUAAACAAACAACCGUAAUCAGUCAUGAGGACCAAUUUAACAUUGGUUCAUCAUCAAAAAAUCAAAAUGUCACCUCAAUUAUUUAAAAAAAGAAACCAAGUUUUGGUGAAACAAAUUGAAGUUGAAUUUGUAUAAGAAUUAAAAUCAAAAAGUAAAUAAUUGAAAUGAUGAUUAUUGUCAUUUGAUUGU